AUGCUUCCACGCACGCACGCACGAACACACGCACACGAAGUAAAUCUGUCAGACGUGAUAGAGGACUCGACGAAGAUCAUCCCUUAUCCGCUCGUACGAAGCGCAGUGGUCCCGACGGAACGCGAUCGUCUCACAGUCGCGAUUCAUCCCCGGCGACCAUGUUCGCUCUUGCGGGUCUGGCCGGCGCGUGGAGCCGGCGCGUGGAGCGGGCGGUUCGGCCCGGCGCUCCGAGUCCCGGAGACGCCGGGGGACGUGGACUGUCGGUGGGCGAGGAGGGCGCUGGGGUCGCGGAGUCCGGUGACGACGGUCGCGGUCGAGAGGGGGACGAAGUCCGGUGACGGGUUCCUCAGUGAGCUGUCGAGCGUCCACGCCGUUUUCCGCGACGGAAGUUCGAUCCGUUUCCUGUUGAAGACGCUGCCGAAGCACGCGGUGUUCCGAGCGUGGGCGCUCCGAGCCGCCUUCGCCGCCCUGGCCGACUUCCACGCCCUCGGCCUGGCUCACAAGGGGGAGCUGCAGGCCCGCGGCACCACGUACGGCGAGGAGUACCCGGUCCCGACGAGGACCACGAUGGCCGCGUUGGAGCGAGACAUCCUCGGAGACGCCAUCGAGAACCCGGCCGUGUUCCUCGAACGGGCGGGGAUGGAGGAGGAGAAGGUGGAGCGAGUGAGGAGGUUCCGGGUGGGGGCACGGGAGCGAUUCGCGUUCGGGAGUCUUCCGCGAGAGCCAGUGGCGACGCUCGGGCACGGAGACUUCUGGUGCAACAACGUGCUGGUGAGGGGGGAGGGCGAGGAGGGAGAAGAGGGAGAGGAGGGCGAGGCGGUGCGCUUGGACUUCCAGCAGGUGGAAUACGGGAAGGCUUGCCUGGAUUUGGUGUAUUUUCUGCUCACGAGCACGGAUCGGGAUCUGAGGCGGGAGCAUCAGGACGGACUUCUCAGCUUCUACUUCCCUCGAUUCCUGGAAUCCUGCUCGAAGCUCGGACUCGACGCGGAGCGGGAAUUCCGUUACGGACGGGACGAUUUCCUCGAGGAUUUCGACGGGAGCUGGGAAGCGGGACCGAACCUCGCCGCCGUCGCCCUCCCGGUCCGUCUCGACUGCGACCCGGCGGCGAAGGGGCGUCGGUCGACCGGGGCCGGCGAGGACGCGGACUUCAUGCGGGAGAAUCGGGGAGAAUCCCAGUUCGACAUCACCUACGAAGUGGACACCCCGCUCUGCUCCAUGAAAGAGCUGGACGACUUCAACCGGCACCGGCCGAGAAGCGGCAGCGACUCCGACCAGGAAUCGAGCUGCGUGUCGCGAGGAGGAUCCACGUCCAUGCGCACCCCCAGCGUCACCGUGGAGGUCGAGGCGAGGAGGUCGGGUGAGUCCAGCCGGGUGAGGAGCCCGGUGGACCAGGGAGGAGUUACGUGGAUCAGGGGGGGUCGUCAGGCGGAAGCCAUUGAGUCACUUUUGAAAGAGGAAGGCACUACAAAGGCACUACGCUUCGAAAGGCGUCAUGCUUGUCCAGAGCAGGAAUACUACACAGCUCUGCUCAUUCAGCCUUUGCUAGUUAAUCUAUCCCUAUAA